UGCCCCAAUCCCCUCCAUCUACCCCCUCCCUCAUCCUUCGUGAAAAACUGUUGAGUUGCUGUCCGAGAGUCUCCAGAAAGUAGCUGAAGGGUUCCAGAGCGCACUGCCCCAGAUCCCGUGAACCCUCGGACAGGAGCUCGCUACUAGGCUGAGCAGCGUCCUGGGCACUGGGGAUCCAAAACCACGGGAGCUUUGAGGGGGAGUCCUUAAUAUCCUUGGAUAAAAGAGAUGUGUGCAACUUUAAGGACUUUUAGAGAGCCACUGGGAGAAUAAGGAAUCACGGAAGACACCAAGGACCGGUGAACCACAAGGAUCUCAACAGAAAACAGACAGCAAUAAAGGUCAGAAGACACCUGGGUGAAUAAUUGGAUUUACCACUGUCCGGCGGUUGAGGAAGAGAAGAGUAAACAGAAGAAAAAAGCAAACAAAAAGUAGGUGAGGUGAUAACAGAAGCAACCAUGAGAUGUGUAACAUGGUGCAUGGGCAUUAUUCUCUGCCUCUCCAUCUGCUUGCUCAGCAAGUGCCACUCAGGAAAUGAACUAAUGCAAUCUCGACAACGGCGAGCACCUGCCGAUGACUCCAAGAAAUGCUCCUACACUUUCCUGAUGCCCCAGCAGAAGAUCACAGGCCCGAUCUGCGCCUCUGCUACUGGACCUGAACCAGACAAAGACCGGGUGACACGUAUGGACAUUGCUGAUGUGCGGGAGGUCCUUUCCAAGCAGCGACGGGAGAUUGAAAUGCUGCAACUAGUGGCAGACGUGGAUGGGAACUUGGUAAAUGAGAUGAAGCUUCUUCGCAAAGAGUCUCGUAACAUGAAUUCCAGAGUGACACAGCUCUACAUGCAGCUGCUUCAUGAAAUCAUCCGCAAGAGGGACAACUCCCUAGAACUGGCGCAGCUGGAGAACCGCAUAUUGAACGUCACCACGGAGAUGCUCCGACUGGCCUCCCGUUACAAAGAGUUGGAGCUGCGUUUCGCAGGCCUUGCUGCCACAGUCAAUAACCAAUCGGUGCUCAUCGCUGCCCUGGAGGAGCGCUGUCUCCGUGGAUAUGGACGUCAAGAUCUGCCAGCCGUGCCUCCGCUGGUUCAGGUGGUACCGGAGAGUAUUCCGGCCAACAACAACCGCUUCACCAAUGAGAUUCAGAGAGACAACAACAACCGAGCAUUUCCUAGAGGAUCACGAAUGGACACCCCAACGCCCGACCCGCUGGGAAUCCCACCACCCCCACAGGGCACCCUCACUUCAGAUGGCCCGUUCAGAGACUGUUUUCAGGUGCGGCAGGCGGGGCACAGCACCAGUGGGAUGUAUCUGUUGAAAACAGAGGGUAGUGAUAGACUGAUUCAGGCCUGGUGUGAACAUAAAUUAGACAAUGGAGGCUGGACCGUUUUUCAGCGAAGGAAAGAUGGCUCGGUCAACUUCUUCAGGAACUGGGAGAACUACAAGAAAGGCUUUGGGAACAUAGAUGGAGAGCACUGGCUGGGCUUGGAGAACAUCUAUAACCUAGCCAAGCAGGGGGACUACAAAUUGCUGGUGGAGCUGGAGGACUGGGUUGGGAAGAAGGUCUAUGCAGAGUACAGCAGUUUCCAUCUGGAGUCUGAAAGUGAGGCCUUCAGGUUGAGACUGGGCACCUACCAGGGCAAUGCCGGAGACUCCCUCACAAGCCACAAUGGAAAACCCUUCACAACGCUCGAUCGGGAUAAAGACGCCUUUACAGGCAACUGCGCUCAUUUCCACAAAGGCGGCUGGUGGUACAACGCGUGUGGUCAAACCAAUCUGAACGGCGUGUGGUACUCCGGUGGUGUGUAUCGCAGCAAGUUCCAAGAUGGGAUCUUCUGGGCGGAGUAUGGAGGCGGGUUCUACUCGCUCAAAUCAGUCCGCAUGAUGAUCCGGCCAAUAGACUGAGGUUCACCCCAGGACCUCACCCUCAUAUCACAUGAGUCUAAAUUGCUUGAAUGUACUCAUAACUCACUUCAGCACUUAUUUAUAAUCACACAUUUAUGUUUAUGAGGACUGACAUGUAUAACACAGUAUAGUCGUCAUUGGUAACAACAGCAUUACAAAUCGUGAAAAGGAGUUAAAGGACAUGCGUUUAUCCAGACUUGAACACUGACGCCCUUUGGUCUGUUGAACAGUCCAUCGAAAUUCAGAGAAGACGACGUAAA